UAUGAAUUAAUCAGAUUGGUUUUCUAUAGAAGAUGAUCAACUUUUCUAGAAUUCCGAAACAGCUUAACAAAAUAAGGUUUAGACUGAAAUGGAAAAAAUUGUGUCUAAGUAUGAAAAAAUAGUCUUGCAAUAAAAUCUAAUUAAAUAUAUUGUGACUGUAUCCAAAAGUGAGGAUCCUUAAAAAUAAAUAAAUGAAAAAUCUAGAAUCAAAAUAAGAUGCGAAGAAAAAGAUGAAAAGGCAAAUAUACUCAAUCCAACACAAAAUCUAAAUAUUUUGAAGAUAUGCUUAUCCUCAAGCAUUCCUCUAAUUAAAGGAUUCCGUAUGGCACUUCUGUCUAUGAAAGAAGGAGAGAAGGCUUGGUUUAAGAUAUCAGGAGACUUAUUAGAAAAACCAGAUAAUAUUGAGAAUUUCGUGAAAGAUCAAGUAAAAUACUACUUGAUUACAGUCGAAGAAGUAACAUAACCAUAAUAAUAAUUGGAUGUUACUAAUGUUGAAAAGUAUUUUUAUUGAUCAUAUAUAGUCGUGUGAUUUAGUUAGAAAAAUUCAAAUAAGAAGGAAAUAAAUUAUAUCAGAAUGGUGACUAUGUAGGAGCUGCAUCUCGAUAUUUAAGAGGAAUAAACUUUAUUGAAAAGUGGCCUAAAUAUUUGAAUAAAGAGAAAAACUCUGAAGUUAUUAAAGAAGACUUUUACCUUGUUUUGAUUAGUAAUAGAGCCUAAGCAUUGAUUAAAUUGAAAGAUUAUGAAGAAUGCUAAAAGAUUCUUGAACCUAUUAUCCAUCGCUUAGAAUAGAAGGUAAUGAAAUAAUUAUUCUCAAAUAGGAAUUUAAAGUAAAGUGUUAUUACAGACUCGUAUUUUGUUUAAUUCAAUUGGAACAAUACUAAAAAGCUUUAGAUUAUAUCAAUAUAAUUAAAAGAGACGAAAGAUUUUUUCAGUUCGAAUCGUUAUUUAAAGAACUUGAAGAGACUUGUAAUUAGAGCCAAUAAGAAUGA